AUGUGGCUUCAGCAGAGAUUAAAGGGGCUGCCCAGUUUGCUCUCCAGCAGCUGGGCCCGUCGUGUUUUGGUUGGACUACUGGUUUUCCUCAUUUUCUACUACUGGUUCCUAAGUUCAGAUGGCUUGCUGAAGCUGUUCAGCAUGUCCAGGGAGCCCGGGGGGGCUGCGGGGGUGUGUUUGCAGACUGAUCUUCACAGGUGGGUGUCUAUGGCGGACCGAGGGGAUGGAGUAGUUCACACCCCUCAAACCAAAGAAUCUGGAACAUUUGUGGUCGGCAAUGGACAUUUUCUAGUGGAUGUGGAUUCCAAUAAACUUUGGGUUGCUUCAUCUACGCAGCCUGGAUCUGCACCGGUUCACCAAACCGACUACAGCCCGAUUGCGCGGUUGCAGGUGCCAGGAACGCGCUCCGAAGCGCAAGCCAUGAUGCUGUGGUAUAGAAAAGGCUCAGUUCUUUCCUCUCGGUGCUUCCAGACAGCCAAAUCUCAGUCUUCUCGUGACUGCAUUGUCAUACGAGAGGAGUUCAUUGCGCACCGCAGCCGACACAAUGUUCAUCUCCAGAGAAUCCUCAUAUCAAACCCUACAGAUCACAUGGUUUCCGUUGACAUGUCCUUGGAGUCUCUUUCAUUUAGGAGCAAAAUGGAGAAGAUGGACGAUAAAGAGUUUGCGGUGUCCUCCGGAAGGGUGCUCACUGAAAAGAAGGACACCGUGUUGGUGGUGGUGGCCACGAAUAGAAUAAGCAACAAGAUUCAGGUUCCUUCUAAAUCCGAGUACUCGGCAAACCUGGUGAGCGUGAUUCACACUUCAGAGCCCACUGAGGGCGGGAAACUGGACGACACCUUGGAUAAACUCAGAGACAGAGUCCGAAAAGAAAUGGUGGAUGUCCUCCGGGUUGAUGUUGAAGAAUUGAUGCAGGAGCAUCAGCAAGCGUGGGUGGAUCUCUUCAUAUCUGGUGUGGAAAUCCGAAAGAUCACAGAUGCCCACACUCCGUCCAGUCGAACAGUCAACAACACCCUAUACUACAUUCUGUCAACCUCCACGGCGCCUCUACUGGACCAAAGCCUCACCUCCGAAGACCACGAGCACCUGGAGUCCAGUCUGAAUUAUGCUGAUCACUGCUUUAGUGGCCACGCCACCAUGCAUGCAGAGAACCUCUGGCCAGAGCGGCUAACAAACGUAGCACAGAUCCUUCAGCUCGUGAAUCUCUGGAACUUAACCCUUCAGAAAAGAGGAUGCAAGGUGCUGGUGGCUGCAGGAACUCACGGCAUGAUGCAAGGUAUGGUCCUUAGCUUCGGCGGUCUCCAGUUCACCGAAAACCACCUUCAGUUCCAGGCUGAUCCAGAUGUUCUUCACAACAGCUACUCUCUGAGAGGUAUCCAUUACAAUAAAGAUCUUAUCAACCUAGCGGUGCUGCAGGACAUCGAAGGAAAGCCGUUCCUGCACGUUUCCGUCAAGCCUCAGGAGAAACCGGUCAAGCUGUACGCCUGCGAGGCCGGUUGCAUGAACGAACCUGUGGAGCUGACCUCAGAACUGAAAGGACACACGUUUCCAGUAAUGGUCACCCAGCCUAUCACGCCGCUACUCUACAUCUCUACUGAUCUCACUCACCUUCAAGACCUGAGACACACGAUGCACGUCAAGGCCAUCUUGGCUCACGAGGACCACAUGGCCAAACAGUACCCCGGCCUGCCUUUCCUCUUCUGGUUCAGUGUGGCGUCCCUCAUCACGCUCUUCCAUUUCUUCCUCUUCAAACUCAUCUACAACGAGUACUGCGGACCCGGAGCCAAACCGCUCUUCAGGAGUAAGGAUGAUGCUUCUGUCUGAAGCCUAAUCCAGGGUGCAGAAACAUUAAAAGUGGCGCUGGAUGUCCUCUCAGGAUUGAUUUUAAUGGCUGGAGAAGUAGCAGUGUAUAUAAAACAUGCUUGUUGUGUUGUGUUUAAUAUUGGACAUCAGCUGAUUUGUGGUAAACGUUGCUGAAUUUAAAAUAUGAAGACUUGAGGUGCAAAUUUGUGUGUGUUAAUGCAAAAAAUAUCAACAGUUAUGAAGGAUUUAGACAAGCCUUGUAGUAAUUUAUUCUUUUGGCUUAAUCGAGCACAAUAAUACAAUCUUAAUGGAGAAUUGAGAUUUGAGUUUAACACGCAGCUACAUCUUUAAACCUUCGCUGAUUUGAUGUGAAUUUGUCUAUAAAAUGUUAUAAAUGCAACAAAUGGACAAAACUGCAACUGAUUUUCUUUUGUAUUCCAAGUAAUCCAAGUCAAAUUGACUUAAAAAAAAACAAAAAAAAAACAAUUGGUUUGCUGACUUGGUACUUUAAUUUCCCAUAGUUUGUGUUUCUUGGGCGUUUUUACAUUUAUAUGCUUACAAAUUGCAUAAUUGGACAUUGACGUCUAAUGCAAUAUAUUGGUUUAAAAAGUCACUUUGACAAAUUUAAAACUUUAAAUUGAAAAGCUACUGCGCAUUGAGAUAUUUAGACUGAUAAUUACCAGGCUUUUUUUUUUUUUAAGAGUAGGCCUAAACAAGUUUGGCUUAUGUCAGCAGAGAGAUGCCUGAUGUAUAUAAACCCCUCAUACCAUACCAUGCUUGCAAAAUAAAAGAAAAUAAGUCUGUCAUUGACACUAUCUUUAAAAUUAAAAUAAGAUUUUUAUUUAAAAA